GAAGAAACGUCGUUUUGGCACUUCUUGCCUCCACAGCGUCGUUAACCAUUGCUGCCCCAAUGAGUGGAUAGAGUCACCCAUACAUAUAUGUCAGUAGCCGCGUCAUCGGUUGUCGGCGGGGCUGGGUUGGGCGCGUUGAAUCCUGACGACCAGGAGGACCUGCAGCGGCUAUACAACUGGGUCGAUGAAAUCCCACUCUCCAGGCCCAAGAAGAACAUCUCGCGGGACUUCGCAGACGGAGGUGCGCUGACACAUUCACACAUGGGAGGGGGCAUUGCUGAUGAGUUCGUCUGUCAUGUCAUGUGUCUGCGGUUGUUUGUUUGUCUUUCUGUCUGUCUGUCUUUCCUUCCAUCAGUGUUGAUGGCUGAGGUGGUGUCACAUUUGUUCCCGAAGUUGGUGGAGCUCCACAACUACAGGUAGGCAGUGCACGGUGUGUGAAAGAAAGAGCCAAGGAACGAGUGACUGAGGGAGGGAGGGAGGGGAGGGAGGGGAGCAGACAGUGCAUUCACGAACGCGCUGAAUCAAUCAUCGCUCACUCCCUCGCUCCCUCUGUAUGUUCAUGUCAGUGCCGCCAACUCUGUCGCCAAGAAGGUUUAUAACUGGAACACUCUCAACCGUACGCAUCACAUCACACAGACAGACACGCACAGAUAGAAACGAAACACGCACACACACAUGUGCCUCCUGCUGCUGCUGCUGCUGCUGCUGUGUGCUGUUUGUUCCUCUCAGAGCGGGUGUUCAAGAAGAUGGGAUUCCAGCUUGAAAGCACUGACGUGGACGAUGUGGUCAACGCCAAACCCUACACCAUCGAAAAGAUACUCAGGCAGUUCCAAAUCAUGGUGACUGACACACUGAUACACUUGACUGACACGCUCAGCAAUCGGGGAGCCAGCCAGCCAGCAAUGAGCAAGAAGUGGCUUCAUCGACAGACACGUGUCUAUCUGCCUGUGUGUUUAUUUGUUUGUGUCCACAUCCAUCCAGUCUGAUGUGUACCGUGUUCGUGUGGCGACCCGGCAGACGAUGGAGCCGACCAGCGGCCACAUGCCGGGCCUGCCAUCGUCCAUGCAGCAGCAGCCGCCAUCGCCACCCAUCCACACAUCACCCCCGCACCAACCUGGUCAGUGAACGACACGACACCCACCGCUCAAGGACACCCAGCACCCUACACAUGACAUGCAUCCCGUGUUUGGGUUCAUUCGACAUGUGUGUCGUUCAUUACUGCAGUGGCUCCCGCCGCCCCCUCCCGCCCCACCCGCCCGGAUGGCACUCGCGCCACCCGGCACCAGCCGCAAACCCGUGUUGCUGCACCGCCACAGCAGCAGCAGGCCAGGGCGCAGGAGGGACGACCCACACAUGGUAUGGUCAGUCACACACACACAGACAGAAACAGCACCGACGGGGAUGCCUGCUGUGUGUGCGUCUGUCGAUGCGUCGCAUCCACGAAGGUGUUAGCGUGGAGGAACGGUCGUCGGCCAGGGGCGUUGGUGGUGGUGCUGGUGCUGCUGGUGGUGUGCCAUCGCACCCCAGGAGCGCGGGCAGCAGACCGGCGCCGACCGGUGGACCGUUUAAAGGUCAGUUAAGGAAGGACCCACUGCACUGAUGGAUCUUUCCCUUUUGGCACAUUCAUGUGUGUGUGCACCAGAUCGGAGUUCGCAUGGCGCGAGCCGCCGGAGGGAGCCCAUGGGCCAGACUGACUAUGAAGAGAUCAUCGUGAGCGGCUGACACGACACAUGGUGACCAUACGCACCCACCAUCGACAUCUGUGUGUGUGUGUGUAUGUUAAGGCUGAGAAGGACGUGUUGAUAUCUGAUCUGAAGGAAACGGUGCACAUACUGAACGAGAAGAUACACAACCUAGAGAAACUCAUCCGAGUCAAGGUACGCUACGCCCAGCACGUCACCACCCAAAGAGGCCGCCAGUGCACGUCUGUCUGUCUGUCUGUGUGUGUGUGUGUGUGUCAGGACGCCAAGAUCCAGGCGUUGGGCCAGGCCCGGCACAUGACGGGCGUGCCCGCCCAGCCCCAGCAGCCGUCCGCGGCCUACCCGCCAUACAGAUCCAACUUGCGAUGACUAGGUGGACGCGCGAGCGUGAACAGGAUUGCACGCAAACGUCGGUCGGUCUGUAUGGGCGAUGGAUGGAUGGAUGGAUGAGUUGCUCAUGACUGACUGCUGCGUAGUGCGUCGCGUUGCUUGGGGGAGAGAGUGUUGAUGUGUUGACUUGACGUGCGACGGACUGAGUGACUCGGUGGACGAACGGUAAUAUUUGUCUUGACGCUGGUCGAUGCAGUC